UCUCAUAAUUUCACUGUUAAGACCUUCACCUACUUUUCAAGAGAAAAGAGUUUCCACAUCGCUGGAUAGCGGAGAACACACUUAACAACAGUCCCAUUUCCGCUGUCGCCGACGCCGCUGAUUUUUCCGCUUUCGUUUCCCUUUCCUUUCAAUUUAGCAUCCACUGAAAUUCUCCUUUCGAUUCUGGAAAAGCCCUAAGAUUUCACUAUGAAUUUCUUCAAGUCUGUAUUCGCGGACGACCCAGAGCCGCCAAUCUCCAAACAGGAAUCGGAAUCUGUCGAGCGCGGAGACCUUGAGCCCGAUUCCCAUCCGAAGGAACCCGAUUCGGAUCCAAACCCUAGCAAUAGUCGGUGGAACUUCGGGAGUCUGAUCAAAACUCUAGCUACCAGAUCCGAGUCCGUGAUCGAGACCUACCGACGGGAUCUCCAGGAGUUCGGGACGGGUCUGAAGAAGGAGAUCGAGGUGGCGCAGGGCUCGCUGGAGACGGUAGGGCACGCAUUUGAUGAAUUUGGGAACUCCGUCUUGAAAGGGACAGCUCAGAUCAUUGCUCAAGGAAAGGACGCGAUCCUUGCCGAGGAUAACGAAUCCGAUUCUUCUUCUUCAGAUACCCUAAACACUCAACGGAGCUUGAACUCGAAAAGGUACAGUCGGUUUGAUGCUCAGGUUCGGGCAGUUCAGGGCGAUAUCAAUACCUUCUCUGAGGAGCCUGAUGAUUUGGAGGAUUAUAGUAAGUGGCGAUCAGGGUUUGUUUUGGAGGGGAAGGAGGAGGAAACUGAGGCAUUGUUGGAGGAGAAUGGGGAAAUGAAGAAUAUCUAUAAAAGGGUUGUACCAAGUAGUGUUGAUCAUGAUACUUUCUGGUGUAGGUAUUUCUACAGGGUAUUCAAGCUUCAGCAAGCUGAAGAUUUGAGGGCUAAUCUUGUGAAGAGAGCAAUUUGCAGAAAAGAGGAGGAGGAAUUGAGUUGGGAUGUUGAUGAGGAGGAGCAUGCAGAAGAAGAUGAGAGAAAUUUGGUUCCAAAAUCCAAUUUAAAGAAGGAAGAAGAUAUGGGUAGCAGAUAUUCUGAGAAAAUUGUGAAGUUGGAAGCCAAAGAAGACUCAAUAGGCAAUUCAUCAGAGAACAAAUUGGGUAACGAGGAAUCUGAGCAAAUUGAGACUGGAAAGGGAAAGAAUGUCUUCGAGGAACCCCAGUUAGCUAGUUCUGCUGUUGUUGAGGAGAAGGGAGACAAGAUGAUGGCUGAUGUGAAUAAAGAAGACAAGGUUAGUGUUAGUGAAUCAAAUGUGAAUCAAGUGGAGAAGAUUGCUGUGGUGGAUAAGGAAGAUUCAGUACUGAAAUCCGAUGAGAAAGUGGCUUUGGAAGGAAAGGCUGAUAAUGGGGAGCCUAGUAAUAGUAAAGAUAGUGACUUUUGUGUUAUAUCAACAUCAAGCCAACCAUCAAUGCCAGAAGAUGAAGACCUUGGUUGGGAUGAGAUUGAGGAUUUGAGCUGCAUUGAUGAUAAGAAAGUGUCUGCAGGUGGAAGUUCGAGCCCCAAAAUAACUGAUCUGCGGAAGCGGCUGAAUGCUGCAGAAGAGGAGGAAGACUUGAGCUGGGAUAUUGAAGAUGAUGAUGAGCCAGCUAAGGCUUGAUGCUAAAUGUGAAGUAUGUUUUAGUUUUACCCUAAAAACGUCAAUUUAUUGUAUCAUUUUCUUUUAAUUUUUCUUUCUUCCCUCCAUAUUUGUCCAUAUAAGUGCUGUAUUGGGGAGAAUCGUUUCCCCCUUUGGGUUGAAAUGCAAGUAUCUUUAUACCACUGUACUUUUGGUGCUUGAAAUGAAAUUGAAGCAACUGC